AUGGCUGCUCUCUCUUCAAAACCCAAUCACGUUCGAUCAAUCAGUUUUCCUGGGAGCUCACACCCUACCAUCCAGAGAGUAGAAGAGGAGCUCAACAAGCUCAAAUCAUUAGAAGUACCUGUUGCACCAAAAGGAAACACUGUGUACAGUGGUCUACUCGGUUUGGAGAAAUUAUACAAGAGCAUAGAUGAUCUUCUCAACUUGCCACAAACCCUUCAAACCCUCUCCCAGAGUGUAGAUGCUAAAUGGAUUGACGAUUUAUUGGACAAAUCAGUGAGGCUUCUUGAUGUUUGUGGCACUACAAGGGAACUUGUCUCACAAUAUAAAGAAAAUGUAAGAGAUCUUGAAUCAUCUCUCAGAAGGAGAAAAGGAGAUUCAACUACAGAUGUCAGCGUUGAAAGAUUUACCUCUUUCAGCAAGAAGAUCAAGACGGAUGCCAAAAGAUCUGUCUCGACUUUGAAACAAAUGGAUCGAGAGACUGCAGUACCAGUCUUGCUAGAUGCAGAUCAAGAUACAAUGGCUGCGCUUAGAGCACUAAGAGAAGCUAACGCAGUAUGCAGUGCAAUUUUCCAAAUGCUCUUGUCCUUCCUGUGUAUGCCGCCUUUGAAGCCUAAGCAAUCAAAAUGGUCAUUGCUUUCAAGAUUGGUACACAAAGACAGAAUAGCACCUGAAGUCCAAGAAGAAAACACGAGCUUAGAAACAAGGCUGGAACUCAUCGAGGCUUACCUUGACAGCUUUGAAGAUGCACUGGAAGCUGUAUUUAGGUGCUUGAUUAGAUCUAGAAGCUCGCUCCUCAAUGUUCUUUCCUGCUAAUUUGGAAGUUGUUAUUCCAUAAUCUGUAAAUUGUAUAUAAACAAUUUUGUAGUUAUGUUAGAAACACAUAAACUUCAAGUGAAAGAUUAUACACCACUUAUUGCCUCUCUCUCUCUCUCUAUAUAUAUAUAUAUAUACACACACUCCAUAUCCAUUGAAAUAGUCCUCUUAAAACUAGAGGGAAAACAGAUAAAAUGCAUAGCACAUU